AUGUUCUUCAAGUACAUAGUUUUUGUUAUAAAUUUCGCGUCUUUCGCGGUCUGUGCCGACAUCUUGGCAAUCAUGCCAACUUCGUCGUACAGCCAUCAAAUAGCUUUCUUUGACUUUUGGAAAGAACUUUCUUUAAGAGGCCAUAAAGUAGUAGUCGUCACACCAGAUCCACAGAGUAAUGAAAAACUAACAAAUCUAACGGAAAUCGACGUGAAAUGGCUCUACAAAUUCUACGCAGACAUAACUACCCUCGCUGAAAAAUCACUAACCAUGUGGAACUUUCAUAGAUGGGUACACGACUUGUCAGUCAACAUAAGCCAGGAAAUACUGCCCCAUCGUCAACUUCAAGAUUUGAUACAUAAUAAAAAGAAACACUUUGAUGUGCUUCUUGUAGAGUGGUUUUAUGUAGAGCUUUUAGCAUUUUCAGAAAUAUAUAAUUGCCCUACAAUUUUAAUCAGCUCCUUAGAAGUAUUCACAAUAUUCCACACUGAAAUAGGAAAUAAUGCUCAUCCUGGUUUGUAUCCUGAUAUGGGAUCACCGUUCGUCUAUCCUCUGAGUUUUAAAGAAAGGGUGACAAGUACCAUCCUCUACCUGUAUACAAUGGUAUUCUACGAUUACUUUAGUUUCCCUUUAAAGGACAAAUUUAUGCGCAAUAUGAGAGAUAAGGCUGCCAAACCUCUACCUCAGGACUUAAAGAAUUUCUUGGACAGUGCUACCAACGGUUUUAUCUACUUCAGUUUGGGAAGUAAUGUUAAAAGCAAAGACCUCCAGGCGGAGUCUCUAAACGCUAUCCUUGAAGUUUUGGGUGAAUUGCCCUAUAAGGUACUAUGGAAAUUUGAAGCAGAUACGUUACCUGGUAAACCAGAUAAUGUGAAACUAAUAAAAUGGGCGCCUCAGCUUGGCAUAUUAGCUCACCCAAACAUAAAGCUAUUCGUAACUCAAGGAGGUUUGCAAUCGAUGGAGGAGACAAUCCAUAACGAAGUUCCAUGUGUUGUAAUACCUUUCUUUGCUGAUCAGGAGCAAAAUGCUAGGUUGAUGAAUAAUAAAGGUUUUGCUAUAAAAGUUGGAAGAUACCCGUACAUAAAGAAAAAUGAACUCAAGAAUGCCAUUGUUGAAGUGAUUAAUAACCCAAAGUACAAAAAUUCAGCGCGCAGGCUCAAACAACUCUCCUUAGACAAACCAAUGACAGGUUUAGAGCAGGCCAUAUGGUGGACCGAAUACGUCAUCAGAAAUAAGGGCGCUAAGCAUUUAAGGAAUCCUGCAGCUGAUUUACCCCUAUAUCAGUAUUACCUCUUAGAUGUUAUAGGUUUCCUAAUUUCAGUAACAGUGAUUACAUUAUCAAUUCUCUUUAUUUUGUUUAAGAAAGUCUAUUACUUAUUUAAAGCUCAUCUAGUGGGUAGACUAGAUAUAACAAAGAAAAAAUCACAAUAGGCUUUAAGCGAAUUUUAUAAUUGACUUUUAUUUAUUGAUGACAAUUUUUUAAUUUUUCACAACAUGCGACAGAACA